UGCAGCGCUGUAUGUGCCUUGCAAGUGUGUUCGCUGACCAGCAUGUACUGUCUGCUCUGUCAACGUGCGCUCUGACAAUGAGCAUCAACUCCUCCCUCAGCAAUGGGAAGGGCCUGAGAAACCUCACAGCGCAGGAAGACAGGGCAAUCAGAGUCACUGAGUCAAUUGCUAUUAUCAUCAUUGCUAUUUUCAUCUGCUUGGGCAAUCUGGUGAUUGUCGUCACCCUCUAUCGGAAGUCUUACCUCCUUACGCUGAGUAACAAGUUUGUGUUCAGUCUGACACUGUCCAACUUCCUUCUGUCUGUCCUGGUGCUUCCUUUUGUCGUCACCAGCUCCAUCAGGCGGGAAUGGAUCUUUGGAGUAGUUUGGUGCAACUUUUCUGCCUUGCUCUAUAUGCUGAUCAGCUCAGCCAGCAUGUUAACUCUUGGUCUCAUUGCUAUAGAUCGGUACUAUGCUGUCUUGUAUCCAAUGGUGUAUCCAAUGAAGAUCACAGGAAACAGAGCAGUUGUAGCUCUUGUUUACGUGUGGCUACACUCCCUCAUUGGCUGCCUUCCUCCUCUCUUUGGCUGGUCUUCCUUGGAGUUCGAUCAAUUCAAAUGGAUGUGUGUGGCUGCGUGGCAUAAGGAGGCAGGCUACACAGCCUUUUGGCAGAUCUGGUGCGCUUUGCUGCCCUUCCUGGUUAUGAUGAUUUGCUACGGAUUCAUAUUUCGCGUGGCUAGGAUUAAAGCGCGCAAGAUUCACUGCGGUAGCGUGGUCAUUGUAGAGGAGGACGCUCAGAGGAAUGGGAGAAAGAACUCUAGCACCUCCACCUCCUCUUCGGGCAGUCGAAGGAAUGCUUUCCAAGGGGUUGUCUACUCAGCCAAUCAGUGCAAAGCUUUCAUAACCAUCUUGGUUGUCAUUGGUGCUUUUGUGAUCACAUGGGGGCCCUACAUGGUAGUAAUUACGUCAGAAGCACUUUGGGGGAAAAACAGCAUUUCUCCUGCUCUGGAGACAUUAGCAACAUGGUUAUCUUUUUCAAGUGCCAUUUGCCAUCCACUGAUUUAUGGACUCUGGAAUAAAACAGUGCGCAAAGAACUAUUAGGAAUGUGUUUUGGGGACCGGUAUUACCGGGAGUCAUUUGUUCAGCGUCAUAGGACAGCCAGAUUAUUCAGCAUUUCCAAUAGGAUCACAGAUCUGGGACUAUCUCCCCAUCUCACAGCUCUCAUGGCAGGUGGGCGGCCUUUAGGACAGAGCAGCAGCACAGGGGACACUGGUUUCAGCUGCUCUCAGGAUUCAGGGACAGAUGUGAUGCUGCUUGAGGAUUAUAGUUCGGAUGGAGCUCACCACCCACAUUGCGUUUAUCCCUAUCGACGGAGGAGUUCGGUGACAUUCGAAGACGAAGUGGAGCAAAUCAAAGAAGCUGCAAAGAAUUCCAUUCUCCAUGUAAAAGCUGAAGUCCAUAAAUCAUUGGACAGUUAUGCAUCCAGUUUAGCCAAAGCUAUUGAAGCUGAUGUGAAAGUCAGCUUAUUUGGAGAAGAUGCUUUACCAGGAUCUUUGUUUCCUUUGCGGACUGUACCAGGCGGCAAUGUGGGUGCACGGCGUGGUGGCAGAGCCCAGGCUGGCCAAAGACUUCCGCUUCAGAGCAUCGAUGAAGGGAAUAUUUCACAAGAGCACUGAACUAGAAGAAACCACUAAGUAGGACCCAGUAUAGUAAUAAUUAUUUUAAAAGAAGCAGAGUAUUCAGAAUGGCUUAACUUCAGUAUUUUAGUCAAGAACCUUGAAAAUACCUGAAUACUUGUCUUUAUAUACAUACAUCUACAUUUUAGAACAGUAUUUACUUACUGUUCAGGAUACUGUAGAUGUGUUUGUGUAAUGUUUUUAUCCAUUAUACAGCACUGGUCCAUCAGAUCAAGUAUCCUUCAAUGGCCAGUUCCUGAUAUUUCAUAGGAAAGCAAAACAAACAAACAAAAAAUCCCAUGCAGCAUUAUACAUCGUGUUGUAGAGAUUUUUUUUUCUAACCCAUGGGGCUAUCAGUGUAAUCCCUAAAAGAGGAGAUUUGAUGGCUUUACUUACUGGUAACUUUAAACACAGUGUUAUUUUGGAGAACUGUAAAAAAAUGACAGGAGCAUGGAUUUAACUAAAGCACAAAAUCUGAGCCUAGUUUUCAGAUUUCCAGGAUCCUUUUCAUCCAAAUUACUGUCCUGACCACCUUUGGUGGUGGAUUAUAUUUUGGACUGUUCAGUUGUAGGAAUAUUAAAUAUGAGGCCAUAUUUAUUCCUUUUAUUCCACUGGACAAAUGUUUUACUGCAGAGAGCAGAUGCAUCUUCUCACAUGUAUAAUGGCUAGAGGCAGACAAGCACUGGAAAGAUGGCAGAAAGAAAUGGUUUUAGAAGAUGGACAUGCAAUUUGGUUUGGGGUUUUUUAGUUCUCAAUGAGAAUUACGAUUUGCUUUCCUUGUUUUGUUUUUACUUAGAGGCAUUGUACAGCCACUAAGAUUAAAAAGGAUGAGAUAGAACAUAAAAACUGUAUUGCCACUUAAUAUUGACGUUAUACAGGAUUCAUCCUUUCGACACAGAAAAGCUUUGUGAGUUGGAUUUUUACAAGGGAGUAUGUCUUUUUGUGUUGUCAAAGCAAUAGCUACCUCAGUGCAAGUAUUUCUUGGAGUUUAACUCGUUAAAUCUUAAAAUAACAAUAUGUAGCACUUAUAUAGCACUUCUCAUGUUCCAAGCGCUGUACAAACUUGAAUUAAUCCUUUCAGCCCGCUAGCACCAAGAGGCAGGUAGGUGGGUAAGCAGUAUCAUCCCCAUUUUUGCUGAAGCAUUAAAGUGAAAGGCCAAGUUUGUCCAGAAGUUCUCACUCAUUUUGUGUGACUCCGUUUUUGAGUGCCCACGUGGUAGCUGCAGGUGCUCAAAACCUCCGAAAAUCAGGGACAAGGCAUUACAGUUUGGGCACUUAAAUCCUGAGAAUUACAGAGCUCUUGUGACAAUUUGGCUGUGUGUGACUUACCCAAAGCCAUAGACAGAAUAUCAGAGGGUAAAAUCUCUGGAUUUCAUGAAACUCAAUCCCAUUCUUAAACCACUAGAUCACCGCUCUCUCUGGCUCCAGUUCAACAAAGCAUUCAAGCACAUGCGUAAAUCCAUCCCUAUUCAGCAGUGCUCAUAAGCUCAUGCCUAAUUUAACUACUUACUUAUGUCCCAUUCAAAUCAAUGGGAAUUAAGUUUAUGCUUGAAAUUAAACGUGAGUUGUUGAAUGAAGAUGGACUAUUGACUUGAGACCUCUACAAUCCAUGAAAUGGGGUGUUUUGCAUAGUUACAAAAUAUUCAGGAAUGAAAUCGUUAAUAACAAUGGAUUGUGAAAAGCUGAUGGCCUGAAAAGUAGCCUAGCGACCCCAGUCACUCAUUCAUUUUACUUUAUUUAAUUUUUCAAUGUAUAAAAUUUAUCUUUUGACAGCUCUGGGCACAUGUCCAAGAAUCUAUAAUCCCAUCAAUUGCCAGGAAAUGCCCUGCACCGAGGUCAUUAUUGCCACUGUAAGAUGAAUAUGCAGGGAGAAAGCUAGGCCACUGGAUUUCUUUUCAUAGGUGAUGCUGUUUUAAUUGCUGUCUAUAUGAACACACACAUGGUAUAAUGGCCCAUCCAAUUGUUAGAAACAAUUUCUCAAUGUUCCACUUAUUUUGUAACCCUUGAAAAACAAGUUGACCAAAAUGCCAUUGAGGGAAAAGGGAACAAGGAGACUGAGUUAAAGGGGCAACCAUAGGAUACUUUGGAUGGAUUGGGUUCACUCGUACUCACCAUUAGGUUGCGUUGAAGUAAUUGUCAAGAUUUUGGCUCAAAGGCAUAAGCAUGGUGGGAAAACCUCCAAGCACAUAUGAAAGCACAAAAUAGUUAGCAUUCCAUAAAGAGCACCUUACCCACCAAGACACUGACCGAAAUUCAGCCCCCCCUGAAGGUCUGAGGAGUUGCACCUGCUUAUAUGCCGACCGAGGGAUAUGGCUGGUCACUGGGGCUGGGGCUGCUGCGUAUGCAACACGCAGAUGCCUAGGGCACCGUGAAAUUUGGGGCAAUUUGGUGCCCCGAAUUUCACGGUGCCCACAGCAGCUGCGUAUGCUGUGUAUGCCUAAGGACGGCCCUGCAUGGCUCCAAAUAUCAUGGCCAGCUAUCAAAUCAAAAUGCAUGUAGUUCAUCCUUAUACAAAGUGGUACUUAUUUAGUCAAAUAAAACUUUUCAAAAUCUCUAAUGCCCCACUAUAGGAAGACACUUAAGCAUAUGCCUUUAAGUAUGGGAGUAGUUCCAUUUACUUCAUGGGACUACUCAUGUGCUUAAGUACCUGCCUGGAUCAGGGCGACAGAAAGUCCUUACUUUGUAUAAAUUGCAAUGUCUGACGCCCUACAGAGAUGUUUUCCUGAGACCAUGUUUUACAACCUUUUAUUAAAUAUGUUUUCUAACUUAAAAAAAAAAAAGACUGAGUGGUACAGAAUCUACUUUUAGUUAAUUCCCUGUCAAGAAACUUGAUUGGUUUCAAUAGAGUUAAUGCAGAUUUGCACCAGUGUUAGUGGGAUCAGAAUCUAACCCAAUAACUUUAAAGUUUGAGUCAUAAUUUCCAUAAAAAUAUAACAUCUUUUUGUCCUCCUCUCAUUCCUCAAAUAAUACAAAUCAGCCAGGAACAAAUUAGGUGUGUCAUGCUAGGCAUGUGUUUUCAUCCAUUACUAUAGAGCAGGGGUGGGCAAACUUUUUGGCCCAAGGCCACAUCUGGGAAUAGAAAUUGC